CGACACUUGCACACCACUGGACAUGACUGAGCAAAGCAACUUCGAUUAUCUCUUCAAGGUCGUCCUCAUCGGAGACUCUGGCGUCGGAAAGUCUAACCUGCUCUCGCGAUUCACUCGCAACGAGUUCAACAUCGAGACAAAGUCGACUAUUGGCGUAGAGUUCGCCACACGGUCAAUCAAUGUCGAGGGCAAGACGCUGAAGGCUCAGAUCUGGGAUACUGCUGGUCAGGAACGUUAUCGCGCCAUCACUGCCGCAUACUACCGCGGUGCGGUUGGUGCGCUCCUCGUGUACGAUAUCUCGAAGCAUGCGACGUACGUCAACGUCACGCGGUGGCUGAAGGAACUCCGCGACCACGCGGACUCGAACAUUGUUAUUAUGCUCGUCGGGAACAAGAGCGAUUUGAAGCACCUCCGUGCGGUCCCUACAGAGGAGGCGAAGGCAUUCGCGGCUGAGAACGGUCUGUCUUUCAUUGAGACGUCUGCGCUGGACGCAUCGAACGUCGAAUCUGCCUUCCAAACCAUUCUCACUGACAUCUAUCGGAUCGUGUCGAGCAAGUCGCUCGAGCAGUCAGAGGACCCGAUCAAGCCCACCUCCGGCGACACCAUCCAGGUCAGCCACAGCGUCGACCAGAACCAGAGCCAGGGCGGCAAAUGCUGCUGAGCGUCUCGCCUUGCCUGUUCUGCUGCCAAGGAUCUGCUGCCGGUGUGGGAUGGGGUGGUAGGGGAGAAGGGACAGGCGGACGCAUGCAUUCGCCGUGCUUCUCUCUGGGUCUCCCUUCCCUGUGCAUACGUCUACAUAUGUGCCUGUGUUGUAAUUAUCUUCGCUUGUCUUCUCUCUUCCACUUGUUCUAGCUUGGCUGCCCGGCGUGCGUUGAUGUAGUUGGUGUAUGCUCCUUGUUGUGGAUUGGUCGCGGUGCUGUACAUAUGGAUUUGGAUGACUAGAGGAGCGCGGAGGACAGUCAACUGAAAACCUGCGUUGUGGAUCCGUCCCAUAUCUGGCUGGGGCUCGCCUCGAAACAGGCAUCGUGUGACUGCAUGAUGGCACCACCGGCAGAAGCGUUUUGUGACGCUGAGGGAUCCAAUGUCCGACUAAGUAACUAGUAGAGAUACACAACUUGAGCCUUUACAGUAAUGUACACCACUGUUUUUUCCUCCCCAGGCCAUCCAAGAGUUAACGCCGACUAUAUACAUCUGGCCAGGCGGGAAGCGGAUGUAAUCGCAACUUCUGCGGGUCAACGUGGCUGAAGUAGUUCUGGUGUGGGAUUUGCGGCGGGGGCGCAACGGUGCACGUCACGGGUAGCGUGCCAGCCCAUGGUGGAGUCUUCGCUCUGUCCUCGUCAGGAUCAGGGUCUGCGACGGGCUUGGACGCCGCCGGAUUCGACAGACCGGGUGUCCAAUCCGAGGCCGAGGUUGAGGCUGCUGAAUGGCCAUUCGCAGGAACAGGGCUCGCAGAUCGCGGUGCGGUCGAAGAGACGUCAACCGGCUCGGCGUCCCACUCGUCGUCCGAGUUCGUCUGGGGCUUCACGGUGUCGAGCUCGACGUCGAGGUCGAAGCAUUCGCCCGGGCCUGCGCGGACGCCCAUGAGGCGCAGCGCGUAGAGCGAGAUCUUGCCCUCCCCAGGCCCGAGCGCGAGGUGCGCAAAGGCGGGGUCCGGCUCCAUCUUGGACACUUCCGCAUAGUACUGGGCGAAGAAGCUCCCGAGCGAGAUGAUGAGCUCCGUUUUGGUUGCAGCUCUCCGCCCGACCUUCUUCUUGCCUGUGCGCGUCGUGAUGAAGAUGUGACGGUCGGGCUGGUAGUCUGGGUAGGCGGGCCACUUCAUCCGCACCUUGAUCGUGUCGCACUUCGAGCCCUUGAACGGCAGCUUGUUCGCGUCUCUUAGACAAUGUUGCAGCUCCCUCCUUCCCGCAAUCACCGCUCCCAUCGGGAUCCCCUUGUCCCUAUAGAACGUUUCGAAGCACACGUCCUGGUUAGGCCUCUCGCUCUCUCCCUCGGGCCCCGGCACCAUCCGCGGGUUUGUGAGGAGCAGCGACUCCUCCCACUCCUGCCGCGCCGCGGUCUGUCGGGCGGCGACGGCGGCAAUGUACCUUUGGUAUGUGGUGUCCCGGACUUCGACAAUACGAUUGCCCGACUUCUUGUCGUGCAUCCACUGGUCUUCGACAUGUUUCCAAUCCCAGGUCUCUUGCUUAUCCAGCCGCCGGCUAAACGUCCAGUUCCGCGGGUAUGGAUACGGGUUGUACCAUGACGGGGGUUCUGUGCGGACGGGCCUGGGCCUAGGGGCGGGCACAGUCAAUGCGGACGCGAGAGAGGAGCUGGCCGAG